AUGGCAUCUCAAUUACUACCGCUGGAGCUCAUCGAUCGAUGUGUGGGUUCACCAAUCUGGGUCAUAAUGAAGGGCGACAAAGAGUUCAGCGGGACUCUGUUAGGCUUUGAUGACUUCGUCAACAUGGUACUCGAAGAUGUAACGGAAUAUGAUUACUCGGGAGCACAAACAAAGCUUCCCAAGAUCUUGCUCAACGGGAACAAUAUCUGCAUGCUCAUUCCUGGCGGUAUGCCCGAAGCCAGUGAAGGAUGA